AUGUCCGACCUCGAGGAUUAUGCCUAUUCUCCAUAUGAUGACCUCGAGGACAUUUUGUACGACGCGGACCCCGCUCCUGAACUGGCCGAUGAUCUGGCCGAACAUGCACUUCACAGCCCGGUCUACUUGGAUGAAAUUGCUGGUUACGAGCUUCAAGAGUACCACAGCGAUUGGGAGUAUUAUAGUGAUGACUAUAUGGACGAUGAUUCUGCGUUAGAGAAUAGAGAUUUCGUCGAGCAUCAAACAUCCAGGAAACGCGGGAAGAAACGGAAGUUGGUUGAGACCAAAGAUAUACCUGAACUAGAUCUGAACGAAACAAAGCUGAUCACUCGAUCGAUCAAAGGCACUGUGUGGGCACGGCCUGGAAGGACGGAGCCCCCCACUCAUACCGUCGGCCAGGGCGAUCGGAUAUCUCUCAUGAAGAAUUGGAGGCAGGUCUUCUCAAUCAAGGACGAUGGUUGGGGUCGCCGAACCGAUGUCGUUGACAACGAUGAAUCUUGGGCCAAAGAUCUCGGUCUAGCCGAUAUGGGCCUGCAACCACAGCGGCAAAAGUCGUUCGAGCAAGAGCCUGUUCAGCAAGAUGAUGAUGAAUACGAAGAGGAAGGCAGUGUGAGCGAGAAUGAAGAUUACGAUGAAGAUAUUGACGAUGAUCGCCUGACAACGCUGAAUCAGGUGAUGGAUGCUACUAUCGAUUCAUCAAUGGCCAGUGACGAUGAAAAUCCUCGAAAGCGACGGCGGUUGAAGCCAGGCCAACAAACACCACCUACUUCCAGCGGACCAGUUCCCAAGCAGCACCAGAACGGUUCGACCAAGCCCACGUAUAAAGGGCACCUCAAUGGAAAUGCGAAAACGAAGCCUGCAAGUGGGGACGGCCUGAGAACGAGCAAAAAACGAAAAGCAUCCGAAGAGCCGUCCACCGAGCACGAUAAUGACCUGGUGUUAGAUGAGCCUCGUCGAGCGAAGCGAAUCGCAGCUCGAAGCACGAAUGGCAGUUCUGCCAGUGAGACAAGUGAGAGGCGUUCGCGUCGAAAGCGUGGC